GUCUUUAGCCCGUUAAGGAAAAAAAAAAGUUUAGCCAAUAAUUGAUUUUCUCGUGUUCAAAGAGUUUUGGAGAAAAAAAUAAAGGAAAAUUAAGAACACAAGAAAGGAACAAAAAACUCUUCAUUUUUCUUCCUAUUCUUCUCUGAAAUUUGAUGGGAAGUUUUUUCUUUUCUCCAUCAACUCAAAUCUCUUUGAGAAAUUAGACCCACUAAUUUCUUAAGAACCCAGAUCUUUUUUUGUUGAAAUUUCAGCUAAUUUUCCCCAAAUUUUUGGGCUUAUUCGUCUAAUUCUUUUAUAAUUAGGGUUUUUGAUAAUUCUUUCAAAUUUUCAAAGAAUUACAACAAUGGAGUCGUCUGGUACUCGAACUCAAACAUUUGGACAAACAGAGAUUAAUUGGGACAAACUUGACAAGACAAAAUUUUACGUUGUUGGAGCUGGGCUUUUUACAGGAAUUACAGUGGCACUUUAUCCAGUUUCUGUUACAAAGACUAGGCUACAGGUUGCUUCCAGGGAUACUGCUGAUAGAAAUGCGUUUUCAGUUAUCAAAGGCAUAUUGAAAACUGAUGGAGUACCUGGUUUGUACAGAGGAUUUGGCACUGUCAUAACUGGUGCGAUUCCAGCCAGGAUUAUAUUCCUUACUGCUUUGGAGACUACAAAAGUGGCAGCUUUUCGGAUGGUUGAACCACUUAAACUGUCUGAACCAUCACAGGCAGCCAUAGCAAAUGGUAUUGCUGGCAUGACGGGAUCACUUUGUGCUCAGGCCGUGUUUGUUCCAGUUGAUGUGGUUAGCCAAAAGUUGAUGGUACAAGGAUAUUCGGGCUAUGCAACAUAUAAUGGGGGACUUGAUGUUGUUCGCAAGGUUGUAAAGUCGGAUGGUGUUCGUGGACUCUAUAGAGGGUUUGGUCUAUCAGUGAUGACAUAUGCCCCCUCUAGUGCUGUAUGGUGGGCCAGUUAUGGAUCUAGCCAACGGUUAUUUUGGAGACUUUUAGGAUCUGGGACUGAAGAGACUCCUAGUCUAGGGAAAAUUGUGUGUGUUCAAGCUGCCGGUGGUGUUGUUGCUGGUGCCACAGCAUCUUGCAUCACAACUCCAUUAGACACCAUUAAGACUCGCUUACAGGUAAUGGGACUAGAUAACAAACAGAAUGCUGUACAAGUUGUAAAGAAGUUAAUUGCAGAUGACGGGUGGCAAGGUCUAUACAGAGGAUUAGGUCCUAGAUUUUUCAGCAUGUCUGCGUGGGGAACCUCCAUGAUCCUGGCUUAUGAAUAUCUCAAACGAUUGUGCGCGAAGGAGGACUAGAUUUACAUGACAACAGAUUUGCUGACCAUUUCAUUGCUAUGGAAUAUUGGAAGCUUCAGCUUACUCUAAAUGGCUAAAAGAUUUUACUCAAUUUUUGGCCAUUUAUUCGUUUUGGCCAUUCUUUUCAACUAAAUGUCCCACAUUAACAACUUUUUGCAACAUAUUGAUUAUCCUCCUCUGAGGCUCUGAUAAUCCCGGGACGAAGAUCGAUUACGUUACCCAAACUCAGGAUGAUACAAAAAGUUCAAAUGAUUUUGUAAUCAUAGAUUAGCACUAUUUUUCUGUAUAUUCUCAUUGCCUACAUGUCAUAAAAGUCACGAGCUCAUUCCAAAGAGCCUUCUUAACUUGUCAAAGUUCUUGUACAAGGAAGAUGUAGCUUCUUGUUUGGAUAUACAAUCCUUUCUCUCCGUUCAAAUUGCUUCAAAUUGAGCAUGUGAUAUUAUAGAAGCAUAGAAUGUGUUUCCUUUCA